GCCUCGCACCAACUACAUACUUUUACAUACUCGUCUGCGCUCGACGUAAAUUCUCGCACUUUUCUGUUGGUUUCGUAGUAAAUUUUCGCCUUUUCGCUGUCAAAUCAAAGCGCUUAAAUCGGGAAAAUCGGAGAAAAGUUCAAAAUAACUCUACAGAAAGCAAAGCAUAUAAUAUGUCAUUUAAUUGUGUACUGUAAUAGCGUAAACAAUAGUGUUUUGAUUGUUUGUGCAGGUGCAAAAUCGAUCUAGUGAACUGAAAACUGCGACUCCAAAAUCGGCCGAGUUAGCGCAUUAUUGCCCCGAUUGUUGUUAUUGGAAAAUGUUGUUCGUUUGGGAAAAUUGUGCCAUCGCAAUUUUGUAGUGUUCGUGCGUGUGUGUGCCGUGUGCGUGUCGAGUGUGUGUGCCAGUAAAUUAAGUUAAUUAAAAACUUAGCUAACUCUCGAUUUCACCGCCCCCGCCAUGAGUAACUACCAUCCGCAUUCGCAUCCGCACGCGCUCUCGCAUCCGCAUCCGCAUCCGCAGCAGGUCCAUAAUCAGCUGCAGAAUGCCCAUCAGAACCAGUUGCCGCCCCCGCAGCGCCAUAACCAUGCCACGCCUACAGCUGCAGCCUCCGGAGCGCCAUCAGCAUCAUCAUCAGCAUCGGCAUCCAUCCUAGUGGCCCAUCCUCCCCAGCCGCUCAUCAGCAACUCGCUGGCCAUCCGGCAGGAGAUCCAGCGAUUCGAGAGCGUCCACCCAUCCAUCUAUGCCAUAUACGAGCUGAUCGAUCUCCUGCCCAUGGCCGAUGCCCAGAUAGCCCAGUCCAUCCGCGACCAUGUGGUCUGCAUUGAAGAUUCGUUUGUGAACAGUCAGGAAUGGACCAUUUCUCGUUCGGUGCCAGACUUGAGGCUGGGAAUCGUCGGCUCCCUGAACUCGGGCAAGUCGGCCCUGGUGCAUCGCUAUCUCACAGGAUCCUACAUGCAGGAGGAGUCGCCCGAAGGUGGGCGGUUCAAGAAGGAGGUCUUCAUCGACGGCCAGAGCUACUUGCUGCUCAUUCGCGAUGAGGGUGGAGCUCCCGAAAUGCAGUUCGCUGGCUGGGUGGAUGCGGUAAUCUUCGUGUUCAGCCUGGAAAACGAGGGCAGCUUCAACACCGUCUACAACUACUAUACGAAAAUGGCGCAUUUUCGGAAUGGCCAGGAAAUACCCAUGAUAUUGGUCGGAACGCAAGAUGCCAUCAGCGAGCGCAAUCCUCGCGUGAUUGACGACACCCGUGCCAGGAAGUUGGCCAGCGAUCUGAAGCGUUGCUCCUACUACGAGACCUGCGCCACCUACGGCCUGAAUGUGGAGCGUGUCUUUCAGGAUGCCUGUCAAAAGAUCCUCUCGCAGCGCCUGCCUUUGCCACCACAGGUGCAACCGGCGAGACCCACGACCCCGCAGGGCAAUCGCCUGGGAUUGGCUCCAUACCAGGCGCCCACCAAUGGACAACGUGGCCAGCAGCAGCUGCCACUGCGAAUGAGUGCGGAUUUCGCACAGGCGGAGCAGAAACUUUGGUCCCUGCAAACGGCCAGUAGUUCCACCACCAACGAGAAUAACAACAUCACCAAAUACCAUCCCGGAGCGGCCAAUUCGCUGCAGGGUGAUUGCUCCCAGGUGCAGUUGCGUGAUCCACGUGACCUGGCGCCACCACCGGGAAAGGAGCUGCCCACACCCACCUCGACGCCCACGACGAGCCGCAAGAGCCGGCGACGUUCCAACCUCUUCAUCCCCUCCUCGUCGAAAAAGGCCGACAAGGAGAAGGAGCCAAAGAGCAGUGAGCUGGGCAGUGGACGCUCCAUUCCCAUCAAACAGGGCUAUCUGUACAAGCGCUCCAGCAAGUCCUUGAACAAGGAGUGGAAGAAGAAGUACGUGACCCUGUGCAACGACGGCAAGCUCACCUAUCAUCCCUCUCUGCACGACUACAUGGACGAUGUGCACGGCAAGGAGAUUCCGCUGCAGUACGUCACCGUUAAGGUGCCGGGACAGAAGCCUCGUGGCUCCAAGAGCAUCAUCACGAACAGUGCGCUCACCAGUUCGCUGAUGGCCAAUGGCCAAAGAGCUCAGAACACGCUGAGCGAUGGCAUCGGAUGUCUCACCCUGGCCAAGGACAAUCAGCGCAAGCUGAGCGAGAAACUAUCCCUACUUGGUGCCGGAUCCAUAGCAGCUGGCGCCGGUGGAGAGCCAUUGAAGUCGAACAGCUCACAGCAGACGAGCGGGGACGAGGGCAUAGCCAUGUCCAAUUCAAAUUCACAGACUUUUAUCGCCGGAGAAGCGGCCAAUGCGGGAAGCAAGCUGGAGGCCCAGACGCCGAACGUGAAGAAGCGACAUCGCCGCAUGAAGAGCAGCAGUGUGAAAGCAAACGAGGCGGACGACAACGAUGGCUAUGAAUUCUACAUCGUGUCGCUGGACUCCAAGCAGUGGCACUUCGAGGCCGCCAAUUCCGAGGAGCGCGACGAGUGGGUAGCGGCCGUCGAGCAGGAGAUCUUCAAGAGUCUGCAGAGCAUCGAGAGCAGCAAGACCAAACAGGCCACCAGCACUGAUCUCGCUGCCAUGCUGGCUAUUCGUCAACGGGUUCCUGGCAACGGGUUCUGCGUCGACUGCGGAGCGCCAAAUCCUGAAUGGGCUAGCUUGAACCUGGGCGUACUCAUGUGCAUCGAAUGCUCGGGCGUGCACCGCAACCUUGGCUCGCACAUAUCCAAGGUUCGCUCUCUGGGACUGGAUGACUGGCCAUCUCCGCAUCUCAGCGUGAUGCUGGCCAUUGGCAACAGUCUGGCCAACUCUGUUUGGGAGUCGAACACGCGGCAGCGGGUGAAGCCUACUUCGCAGGCCAGUCGCGAGGACAAAGAGCGAUGGGUGCGCAGCAAGUACGAGGCCAAGGAGUUCCUGACCCCACUGGGCAACGGAUCCACAGCGCAUCCUAGCCCGAGUCCGGGUCAGCAGUUGAUCGAGGCUGUGAUCAGGGCGGACAUCAAGUCGAUUGUUUCGAUCUUGGCCAAUUGCCCGUCGGAGGUGACCAAUGCGAAUGUCAGUGCACGAGAUGUGCGAACUCCGCUGCUGCUUGCCUGUGCUAUUGGCAAUCUGGCCAUUGCACAGCUGCUCAUAUGGAAUGGCGCCAACAUCAAGCACACGGAUCAUGAGGGUCGCACCUGUCUGGCCUACGCUCGAGCCGCACAAUCCCUGGCCACCGCCAAGUCGAUCAAGGCCGCUGCAGCUGCGCAGGCGGGCACAACGAUUCCGGCUCCCGCUCCGCCCACAAACGGCGGCAUUCCUGCUCCCCAGUACAAUGUCGAGGACACGACGGCGCUGGUGGAGCUGCUCGAAGGACUGGGCUGCCCAGAGGCGGCUCCUUUGACGGCCAGUGGCACCCUGCCACGGAGACGCGACACGUUGGGCACGCCGUAUGAGAAGUCUGUGUCGGGUGUGAUCUGAAUUAGUUAAAAUUGAAAUAAGAGAAACGUGAAUUUUCAUAGCAAUUGUACAAUUCAUUAGUUUUGGUUGUUCAUGACGGACUUAGUUUAAAUUCGAGCGUAAAAAUUGUAUAGCGUUAAGCGUUUAGCGUUUAGGUUUUUAGGAAUGUUGUGCAAAUGUUUAAUAUUAUUAUUAUUUGGCAAGCGUUGAAUGGAAAUUCACAAGUUUUAUUUAUGUUUUCUUUUAGUUUGUUUAGUUCUUAAGCCAUGAAAACCUGUACAGCCUUGUUGUAAUCUCAAGUGUAUAAUUUAUUAUUUUCGUAUUACGUGAAACUAUUAUUAUUGUUUUUUUUAUCGUGCACAGGUUUUUAACUCGUUUGCAAAACAAUUAUUUAGUAACUAUUGUAACUUGUAACUUUCGACAACCAUCAGCAGAUUGCAAAAGACUCCACGUAAGAAGAAUAAUACUUUUACAACCUAAACAAUAGAUAAAAGCUGAUGCAAAAUAUACGUAUAAACAAAAUGAAUCUAAGAUUAAAGCCAAAAACAAACUUAUGCUAAACAAUAUACACGAACAUAUAUAUAUAUAUUAUAUACAUACAUAGUUGAAAUUGCUUGAUAAUCGGUUUAAACAAAUGAACACGCCCAAAUGUAGCUUAUGCUGAACCAAAAUCACAAAAUUCUUUGCUAUAUAAAUUCCCAACAAAAAUAA